AUGAGCUGCCACAGCUGCAGGGUUGAUUGAAAACAGUAACAAUUAAAAAAUGGCAAAUAAAAAGGUUUAACGGUAAUCUCAUACUUCUGUAAGCACGUCAAAACAUAAAUAUCUCUACUACCAAGCAGCAGUGUCGUUACAGAUCUGCAUAAAAAGUUAAUCAAAAAGCUGCAGCAGAUCCAGAACACUGCUGCUCGCAUUUUCACUAAAACUAGGAAAAUGGAGCAUAUCACCCCAGGUCUAAAGUCCUUCUACUGGCUCCCUGUAGCUCAAAAAAUAGACUUUAAAAUACCUUCGUUAGUUUAGAAGACACUGAACGACUUAGUACCAACAUAAAUUAAAGACCUGUUGUUGUUGUGUCAAGACCACUCAGUUCUUCACGUUCAAAUACUCUGCAUCCCCAGAACCAGAAGGGUUCUGGUGAAGAAAGAGUUCAAGGUUUUGCAGCAGCACUCCUGUUAAUUUAAUUCAAAUUAAAUAGGUGUGUAGGGAUUUUUUUGUAUGCAUUGUAGAGUAUCAGCCUAAAGGAAUAUUGAUUCUGAAAACAGACUGUUAAUCUCCCAGUAGUCAAAGCUUAAUUUCAUCCUGAUUAGCUUGUUUGAAAAUUGAUCUAAAUUAGGUUGAACUCCCACAUAUUAAACGAAAACAUACUAUUAUUAUGCCCAUUGUCAUAAAGAGAUAGAAAAAUGCACUGAUAUAUUCAACCAAAGAUUGCCAUAAUUAAAUGCAACACUGAAUCUCAUUAAGUGGAAAAAUAUCUCCUUGCUAUAGUUUUAACUCAUCUCAUCGUGUGAUGCAAGAAUUAUCUGUACUUUAUAGCUACGUUAUGAUGCAGCAAAUUUCCAGAUAUGCUAUUUAACUAAUUUUAAAUUUAAUGCCAGGAUUCUCUUGCAAAAGCAAGUUUUAAUCUCAGUUGGAUUUUCUCUGGGAAAUAAAGGUUAAAAAAUAAUAAAGCACCAUCUUGAUGUGGCAUCCAUUGGCGUGAUGAGUAAAGGGACUGAUUACCUUUUUUAACAUUGUGGAGUACAUUUAUAAUAAAUUGAGCGACUACUAUUUUGGUCAAUACUGGUUCGUCAGCAGUGGUCCAACCUCUUCAAAAAACAGCACUCUAAAUAAAUGUGAUGCAACUUUUCUAAAAUAAGAUUGAAAAUACUAAAACAAACAUCUCAAAUAUUUAAUUAUAGUUGUAUUUCAUUAGUAGCCUUCAACUUCCUGGUGUAAAUCUUCACAUAGAAAUUUCAAAGUAGCAUUUAAAACAGACGUGUGUAUUAAAUUUGACCCAAACAAUCUUUUGUGUAGUUGACAUUGCGAAAACACAAGAGUCCCUUUGUGUUUCAGUAUAUGAUUUUUUUUCACUUUGUUUAUUGUAAAAGCUACUAGUUUCUAUAACAGAGGGACAGUUCUUAUAAAAUAAGAUGGCUGCUAGGAAGAGCUUUUACUUUGAUUGUAUCUGUUUAUUUGGAUUUAGCAGAAACAUGAGCCCCACUUUGGUUUAUUUCCAUUUUAAUCACUGCCUACAUGCUAGUUUUGCAGAUUUCAUGUGGAUAAGCAUCUGGCUGGUAGUGACCUCUAAGAAACACACUGUAUCUUGAUUGCUGAUUUACACAAUACAUUUGCUGCUUUCCAGACAGUUUGGAAUAAAUUCUUUGGUUUUCAUCUGUUUCCAUGGGGUAAAAUAGGACAGGUCACACUUUCUUUGUGACUUAUACCAGGACACAACUUUGGUAAAAAUGCAUCAGCAUAUGUAUCGAGCUCUACACAUAAAAAAAAAAAAAUUAACAAAGCAAUUCUGUUCUGUUUGAUCAGGCACUUUCAGCUUUUUCAUUCUUGGAUCUUGGAUCUCUUCAUGUCCUCGCUUCAUAAAGGAAAAAUAUCUAAACUGGUUUCAAAAAUGUUUUUCUGUUGCUCUACUAUUUAUAGUUGUUACUAGCGAAAAACAAAAAGGUAUAAGGAUGAAUUAGACAAAUGUCUUAUGGUUUACUGUUAUCUGAUAAUCUGGGAUGAUAUGUUGUUGUUUGGAUUAGUUCUUUCCAAGCGAAGGUACAUUCAUUUAUAAAACACUUUAAAAUCAGACCGCACUGAACAAAAUGCCGAAUAUUAAGAAUGACUUGUUGAAUAAAGUGAAAAUUAAAGCAAAAAUAAAUUGAUUAAAAGUAGAAGUAAAAUACCUAAAAAAAUAGAAUGAUAUGAGGUAAACAUAUCAGCAAUGAAACUUUACAUAGACAUGAAAAAAAAAAAUCAAAAUAAGAUUAACUUUUACAAAGGCCAAAGGGAAGAGAUGGAUAUAACCAUAUUUAACCUAACCAUCUUUAAAACCAUUUUAACCAUGUAAUUUGGGAAUUGCAAUUAUAAAAGCCCUCUGACCUCUGAGUCCUUGACUGUGUCUUCCAUCAGUGACUGGUCAGUUAUUCUGUAAAAGGAACCUGUAGUGCAGGAUCAGUAGCUUCCACACAUUUUAACUGUGGUAAAAAAAAAAAAAAAGACUUAUGCAAAGAGAUAAAGCGAUAUGGACAAAGAAAUAAAUAAAAUAACCCCCCGCUCCCCUGAAUUCCCUCAAGAACUGCAGAACUUUAUGUAUUAAUAACAACACCUUCCUAAGUAUCAGUGUAUUGAUUUACAAAUCCUAUUUAGUGUUUACAGUGCAAAAAUGUUUGAGUAUAAUCAGAAAACAAUGCAGAUCAGGUUUACACCACAGUUUGUGACUCUUCUCCACCGUGUGAAAAUGUUUAAUAUUGGUGGACCCACAUACUGUCUGUUAGACCAAAUGAAAUGUCUUUCUUAGAAUUUUAAAGCUUACCUUUAUCAUUGUUCUUGAGAUUUCCUGUUUCUGAUAAAAUCAUAAAAUAAUAUUUUAGUGAAACUAUGUAACUUUGAUAAUCACAAUAAGCAGUAGUAGUCAGAUGAAAUGCUUUUCUUGGUAAAACAUGUUUGCAAAUGUUGUGUAUAGACUAUGUUUUGUGGGAGCAGCAGCCAUAUUGGAUAUUGAUUUUAGAGUUGCUUAGGCUCUAACUUGGAAAGUUGGAUGUCUGGCUUCAGGAAAACGAUUUAAUUAGGUUAUUUUUUAUUAGACUAAAUAAGCCGCACACAACUUUCAAAAUUGGAGUACUUCUAUCUAUCCUUCUAGCUUUUUUUGCUGCAUUAUUGAACCAUUAAAUUCAAAAGUACCCAUAAGCACCUUUGGCUAGGCCUGUGUGGUUAAAGCUAGUUUAUUUGUUGUCAAUCAAGUUUCCACCCGCAGCUGUUCCCAAUCCAGACCGCGAAUCAGGCUCUCACACCAGGCAGCGGGUUUCCUCAGAGCAGCUCUGCCCGGUGCACCUACAGCUUCAGACUUUUCAGAAUUAGAUUUUAUUCCUGUCGUUGCUCCUGUGAAAUGCCAUUUGUCGAGGACCCUGCUUGUCUCUCUAAAUCUCGCCUAAAGUCAGAUUUAGUUGCUCACAAUGUGGAGCUGCCACCUGCAGGGAGCAAGAAAGAGGCUUAUGUGGCGCUGCACCUGAGACACGUCGACCAGACAAAUGCUGCGGAUUUCUCCAGUGAUGACGAUCAGGAGCACAAUGUGGCAGGAGGGGAUCCAGAAGGCGCAAAGGAGCUUGACCCGAGUGCAUUGACGGAUAAGGAUCUCAAGGCUUUGUUAUUCAAAUAUGGAGUUCAGGCUGGGCCCAUUUUAGCCUCCACCAGGGCAGUGUAUGAGAAGAAGCUCAGGAAACUGCUUCAGUCUGCUGGAGAGGGGGAAUCGAAUGAAGCAGAUAAUGCUGUGCUCUACUCCGACAGUGACGAGGAAGACGUGAGUGAAAAGGACGAGGAGAAAGAAUUGGAGGGAGAGCAAGAAAAAAAGUCUGAAGCAUUGGAGCUGAACCAACAACAGUGCAACGAGAAAAAUGUGCCAGCUCAGAAGGGUGACUUUUUUUAUCCACAGUGUUUUUUCUUAUCAUCAAGACUGCGUCCUUGUCCUCCUAGAAACAAUGAACGUAGUUCCAAGAGGAAUUCAAAGAAUGCAUUAAAAUCAUCAGAGCGAACUCGUCCACACCGCUCACAGACUCCUGCAGGAAUUAGCAAAGUAUCCUCUAUAGCUCAACACUCAGGAUUAAGAUCAGGGGUUCCCUCUGGAUCUCAGUCAGUGGUGUCCAGUAGUUGCUCAUCAUUUUCCUCACAGGAUUUCAGCAUCACUCAGAUGGUUGAAAAGAUGGAGAGUCGGAGCGCACCCUCUGCUUGCUCCUACAGUAAGCCGGAACAUUGGUCCCGCUCCAGCAGGCUGGACACUGACAUUGAAGACAAGGACAUAGUCGUGGAACAGGCAGUGCGCUACACUCCCAAGGACUCCGCUUGUGUAAAGGAAAUCAAGGAUCCAGUGAAAGAUAUUUUAAAGGACCUUCUUCCAGACACAAAGACAUCACCUACAGGGAUUUAUGCCACUCCUCGGAGACCCAUCAAGGGUGCAGCUCAGCGGCCCAUCCAGUAUGCAUACCCAGACACUCCAGUCACCCCCACAACCUUAGAGAGACAAGAGGUGGCGAGACGUCUUGCACCCGUCUACGUCCAGGUUUUGGUCUUCUUCGCUGUGAUGUGCAUCCUUUUCUUGAUAUUUGUUAAUGUUGAGAACACCAACAAUGUGGUAUCCUUGCUGGAACGUCAAAACCAGAGGCCAGAUGGUGAAGAGGGAAUCCCAGCGCUAGAUGAGACACAGGAUGCAGCAUGUGGAGAGCUUUAACUUUUUUUUUUUUUACCAAUCUAUGCUGACGUAAAGGUGUGAGCUUGCUGAUUUAAUGGCCAAGACUUGACCAUUGUUAUUAGUUAAGAAUCUGCCAGUCCAGUUUAACACUUCUGAAUAUUUUGCUUGACUUUAACAUUAAAAUGUUCUUAUCACUAUGUUGGCCAUUGACAGAACACUUAUUUAGGGGAAGGGAAGAUUUAUUCCUGACUUAAAAUUGUAUUGUGUAUUGCUAAUUUAGAUUCUUUAAUCUGUAUUGUAUCACUUGUAUGAUUUUAUACUUGAUUGUUCAAUAAAAUAUAUUUUGCUUCAUAUAUUUAACAAAUUGGCUUGGAGGGGAAAAUUGUUUUUAAUUUUGAAAACCUAAAGCAUUAAAUAUUUAAAAAAUUCACCUCUGGAUGGUACUUUCUUCAGACAUCCUUUGCAUACAUUUCUGAAGAAUUUUUCAUUUUGUAAAUGUAUAGUUGAAGAGGUUACGAGGGCAACAAAGUGGACCAACAGGAAAUGGAAACCUGUGCAAGCCAAACUUUUCCUGCCACCCAUCUUUUAUUCACAAUCUGUGUAUACCUCGUCUAAUUUCUGUAAUACUUAUUUAUAAACACAAGCACCUGUUAGAAGGAAGAUUUAUACCUGUUUGAAAAUUAAAGUAUGCAUUUCACUAAA